GUGGCGACAUAUCAAUCAAUUUCGUUAUUUAAGCAAGUCGCAAGAAUUUGGAUAUACAAGAUAGAUUCAAUCCAGAGAGAGAAGAGAAAAAGAGUUGGAAGAAAGAAUAUCAAGGAGUGUUUGUUUCCCGGGAAAAUAAUGGUGGCAAUGACAAAGGGCAACGCUGAGGAACCAAUAUUGUGCAGAAUGGACCGCCUUGACAACAUGCUAAGGCAAUUGGAGGAAAUCAGAGGGUGCAAUAAGAGUAAUAAUACGAGGGCAUCACAUUCGCCCAAGAGCAGUUCCUUCGCAUCCACACCUUCGAGGUUGAGCGACGGAGUGGGGCACGUGUCGUCAUCUGCGGAGCUGAUAUCUCCGGAGAGCCUGGAGAAGCACUGCCGUCCGAUGGAGCACGUGAUGAUGGAGACGGACGUGAAGGGGACGCUGAUCGAGAGGCUGGAUCACGUGGAGGACCGCGUGCUGAAGCUGUGCAUGCAGCUGGAGGAGGAGUUGACGGAGAGCGCCGAGAAGAAGAGAGAUGAGGAGGAGAUCAUGAAGAGGAGUGAGAGAGAGGAGAAGAUCAUCAUCGAUGACAUUGGAAAGAGUCAGGAUCAAGUUAAGAAGAAGAAAAAGAAGGGGUUAAAGCAACUUAUGAAUCAGUAUCUUAUGGGAAAAAUAUAAACCCAAUAAAUCAAUAAGUUCACGUAAUAAUUCAGAUGUUUUUUUUUUUUUUGGGUUCUCCCACUUGUCCGCUUUUGUUUGGAGAUUGAUUGGUGAGGAUGUAAAUCAAGCGAGAAAGCACAAGAGACAAUCAACAGAUGCCUUUGGUGGUGGUAA